AUGUCUACCGAAGCUACCAUCAAUACCACAACGGGCAACCGCCCAGUGGACCCUUUUACAGCUCAGAGCUCCGAAGACCCACCUCUACCCCAGAAAAUUGAGGAUCUCGUGGAUUUCAUCUCCGAGGUAAAAUUUGGCAUGUUGACGACCAAGCAAUCCGAUGGUCCAUUUUUGACUUCGCGCAGCAUGGCUCUCGCCGCUAAGGAAAACGGUGGCGUUGACCUUAUCUUCCACACAAACCUAUUCUCGGGCAAAGUAAUGGAUCUAAACGCGCACCCACAAGAAACAAACAUGUCCUUCUUAGAUCCGAUCAAUGGAGCCUGGGCCUCGAUUUCAGGCACAGCAUCUGUAAUUGCUGAUCCGGCUAUCGUGCAGAAGCAUUACUCACCAACGCUGAAAGCCUGGAUCGGGGAUUUGGGCGACGGCGUACACGACGGUGGCCCUACCGAUCCACGAAUUGGCGUGAUCAAACUGGAAGCGAAGCUUGCAACUCAUAAUGUCGUGCGGAAGGGACUUAUUGGUAGGGCUGUUGAGACGGUCAAGGGUGCUGUGCAGGGUAAUGUGCCCGCCAUCAAUGGAAUCCGAGAACUGAGUUUGGAGGAACUGGCUGAGUGGCGCCGUACUCAUCAGAAGAACUAA